UCCACGCCGCCUGAGUUCGCCCUACUAUGAUGUCACUGGGUUGUUUGACCACGCGCUCUUUCUGCUGUUACGUCAUUGGGAAAUACCGGGUUCCCGCACGAGCACGAUUUACCUCUGCGAUUCCACGGGGGGGAUCACGUCAUUCCGUGGAACCCCAGUGAGUAGUGACGUCAGCACAGCUUGCCCAGGCCGGAGGGUACGGUCAGUGGCCUCACAGGAGUCCUUGGAGCAAACGGAUUUAUCAGCUUAUAAUGCUACUUGAGAGGAUAUAACCAUCAUUGGUCAGACCAAGCUUUAUUUUCCACUAGAAAAAGUAGUGGUGAGAUACUCUUUUGAAGUAUUGCAGCUCUCAUGGUGAAGAUUCACCAGCACUGCUUUGGAAAGUAUGCAUCUGAAUUCAGAGCAAGUUGCCUUAAUUGGGCAAGUAUUUGAAUCGUAUGUUGUAGAAUUCCACAAAAAUGAUAUCAUCCAUAUUCUGCAAAAGCCAGACCAAGGUGCUCAUUAUCCGAUCACUGUGAAUGCGCUUACGCUGUUCGAAAUCAGUAUGGAGAUUGGCGAAUACUUAAGUGCAUUUCCUAAUCAAUUAUUUCCAAUAUUUGACAAUGCACUACACAGAGCUGCCAUGACCAUUUUGCAGUCCAAUGCAGAGCCUCAUGGAUUGGUCAUGAAACAAAACCUUCAUGUGAGAAUUUCAGGAUUACCACUUUGUCCUGAGUUGACAAGGGAUCGUAUUCCAAAGACUAGAGAUGUAGGCCAUUUUCUUUCGAUUGUUGGUACAGUCAUCCGCACUGGAAUGGUGAAGGUGUUGGAAUUUGAGCACGAGUACAUGUGUAACAAGUGCAGACAUGUCUUCACUGUAACUGCAGACUUUGAACAACAUUAUACCUUCUGCCGUCCAAUAUCCUGCCCUAAUCCAGAAGGUUGUAACUCGAUGAAAUUUGCACGUCUUUCUGGCUCCUCAUCUUCUCCUUCAAGUUGUAAAGACUAUCAAGAAAUCAAAAUUCAAGAACAGGUUCAGAGGCUGUCUGUGGGAAGCAUACCUCGAUCGUUGUUGGUUGUACUGGAAGAUGAUCUGGUGGACACCUGCAAAUCGGGUGAUGAUAUUACUGUUUAUGGUGUGGUUAUGCAGAGGUGGAGACCUCUGACUCAGGACUCCCGUUGUGAUCUCGAACUUGUCCUGAAAGCCAAUAACCUUGAAGUGAACAAUGAACAGCCGACUGGAGUUGUUAUUGAUGAGGAUAUCCAGAAAGAAUUUGAAGAGUUCUGGGAAAAUUACAAAGACGAUCCUCUAGCAGGAAGAAAUGAGAUUCUGGCCAGCCUUUGUCCACAGGUGUUUGGAAUGUAUGUGGUUAAGCUGGCAGUUGCCAUGGUAUUAGCAGGUGGAGUGCAAAGAACUGAUGCAGCUGGCACCAAAGUUAGAGGUGAACCUCAUCUCUUGUUGGUCGGGGAUCCUGGAACUGGGAAAUCUCAAUUUCUAAAGUAUGCAGCAAAAAUUGUACCCCGGUCGGUCCUGACAGCUGGAAUUGGGUCCACUAGUGCAGGUUUGACUGUGACAGCAGUAAAGGACUCUGGUGAAUGGAAUUUGGAGGCAGGAGCACUGGUUCUGGCAGAUGGAGGUCUUUGCUGUAUUGAUGAGUUUAACAGUAUUAAAGAGCAUGAUAAAAGUAGCAUCCAUGAGGCAAUGGAACAACAGACUAUAAGUGUGGCAAAGGCAGGUCUAGUGUGCAAGCUGAACACAAGGACCACUGUACUGGCAGCUACUAAUCCAAAAGGCCAGUAUGAUCCCAAUGAAUCUAUCACUGUAAAUACAGCUCUUGCUAGCCCACUUCUGAGCAGAUUUGACCUUGUUUUGGUGCUCCUGGAUACCAAAAAUGAAGAAUGGGAUAAAGUCAUUGCUUCUUUUAUUCUGGAAAAUAAAGCCUGCCCAACUGUCUCUCUCAAAUUGUGGAGCAUGGAGAAGAUGAAAACCUACUUCUGUCUUAUCAAAACUUUGCAACCUAAGAUUUCUGAAGAAGCAAAUAAAAUCCUUGUGAAAUAUUACCAAGUGCAGCGUCAAAGUGGGUUCAGAAAUGCAGCAAGAACCACAAUACGCAUGCUUGAGAGCUUGGUUCGUUUAGCCGAAGCUCACGCAAGACUGAUGUUUAGGGAUAAAGUAACUGUUGAAGAUGCCAUCACAGUGAUCUCUGUAAUGGAGUCAUCCAUGCAGGGAGGUGCUCUUCUUGGUGGUGUGAAUGCAUUACACACGUCCUUUCCAGAAAACACAAAAGAGCAAUACAAAAUGCAGUGUGAACUGCUGCUGGAAAGACUGGGCCUAACUGAUCUUCUCCAUCAAGAACUGCAGAGACUUGACAGAAUUCAUAAUGGAAAAGAACACCAGCCAUCUAAUGGAAGUACAAACUCAAGAAACCAAUGUGAUCCAUUUUCUGAUCCUGCUCCUUGUUCAAACACUGAUGAACUGAAUCCCAUUGUUCAGGCCGUUGAUCAAACUGACAGUGAUCUGACCUGGUUUGUUGACUUUCAAAGCAAAAAUCAUGGAAGGGAGUCAGAAGGAGAGGGAACCUGCACUCUUAAAGUAACAGCAGAAAAUUUUUGCCAGCAUCCUUUUUCUGAAUUAAAUUCCAGCCUGCAGCCAAUAAAAAGUACAGAUAAUGAAGCAACAGCUAGCAAUUCUAACCAGGUUUCACCACCUAUAGGUUUUUGUGGUCCAAGUAACAUGAAGUCUGCUGGCCUAGCCAUUGAGAAUUCAGAAACUGAGAAAACAGCUGACACAGAUUACACAAAAAGACAGACAAAUGUUGAAGUCAGUGCUUCUUCAAACACACCUAACACUGCUAUAACUGUUCGGGUGUCAAAAAAGCUACAUGCUUCCCGGGUUUCACAGAGUGGAAUGUUGUUCAAAAAUAACAAAACUUUCAGCGAAAAUCAUUUGUCUGAAUCAGGUGAAACCAGUGCACUUCUGAACCUGGAUGACUCUUGUUCAGGUGGUGGUAAAUCACACGAAAGUACUUCACCUAGACUCCAGCAUGAAGCAGAUAAGACAAUAAAACCACUUGGAACAAAGCAUACCUUACAGGGCAGUGAUGCCAUUCUGCUAGAGUCUGAGACCAAUGGGAAUUCUAACAGUCUACUGACCAAACUGAAAACAUUUGCAUUUAAGCCAAAGCAAAAACUAAGCCAUUCAGCUGCAGAUAAUUCUACCACUAAACCAUUGAUCCUGUUCUCUGAUUCAACCAAAGUUGAGGAAUUGACAUGUGCUUCUGAGCAGCCAUCCCAAGCCAGUGAUCAUACAGAAAAUCUCCGAACAUUGCGUGGUUGUAAUUCUAAAAGUAGUCUCUUAUAUAAAAAAGCAAGUAAAGUUGUUCCCAAUUGCAGUGGAACAGAGCCGUCAUUUGAACUGCAGAAGAGUCUUAGUACUGCACACAUGGGAAACGUGCAAAAGGUGACACGGGAUAAACCUAAACAUCCAUUUCCCACAGAGUUGAAUACAGGGGAACAGACCAGCCAAAGUUCGGCUAUGGCAGGCCAGCUAAAGGUGUCCUCUAGUACAUUAGUAAAGCUUGCUAGUUUCUCUUUCAGUCCAUCUUCUGACAAGAAAAAUGAAAAGACCACAGGUGGAAAUGAAGUAUCUGUUGCGAAGCAGAAUAGUGUGAUACAGAAUGAUGCUGCUGAGUCUGGGGUGCUGUCCAGAAAAAGAAAGACCUUUGGAUUUCCAUCAGCCAGCACUACAGGAGCUAUAAUGAGUAGGUACCUCUUUUCUACUGAUGAGAUGGAAGAUGAUUGUGUUCUGGAUUUUGACUGGGAUGAAGAAGAAAGGAAGAAGCCCAAAACUUAAUUGAUACAGGUGCAUCUGAAUUUUAAAAAGCAUGUAGUUUUUGGACUUUGUGAUCAACCUAUGCAGCACUAUGAACAAAUAGCUGUAUCACACCCCAUGUAAAACAUAAUUUUGCAAACUGCUGGCUUUAAAAACAGUAGAUUCUAUCAUAUAGAAUCUCAUCUGAUAUCAGGAGAGACUAAUAAAAGAAAACUUGCAUUCUGUCCUUGACUAAUAUGAAUGCUAGAUAAAUCUUAUGAAUGUGCAAUGAAAAUUGUGUUUAGACAUUUGAACAGCUUCCUCGUGUACCUCCAGGAUGUGAAAAUUGCACAUUAAUACCUUUGUUUAAAAAAAAUCCUUUUUAUUUUUAAAAAAAAGACAAACAUGAACUGAGUUGAUUCAUUUGCAAUCCACUGACAGUAGCUGAGUAUUAACAAAGACUAGUAAGAUAGCAAAUUAUAAGAUGCUACAGUGAAUAAAUAGAGGAAGCACUCAUUUCUCUCAUUUUAAAACAUUUUGCUUAACAGCAAGUCAUUCUGGCACACUGGGUGAAAUUCAGAUGAAUAUCUACUAUAUGCAUUUUAUCCUGAAGAUCUAUAAAUGAACACAAACUGUUCAUUUUAGCAUUUGCUGAUGGAAAGUACAGGUACUCCACUAACAGACACCCAAUCACCAGAUGAAGCAUUGCACUUAAUUACUACAUUCUUGCUAAUAAUCUUUUUAUUUGAUCUUUAAGCAAUUAUCCAGGCUGUCAGAGAUUAUUGCUUUUUGUCCCAUCUUCCCUCCUCCACCCUCUAAUACAAUUUAAAAAAUUGACAUGUUUUCUCUCUUUCCCAGUUCUAACAAAAGAUCUCAGACCUGAAACAUUAACACGGUUUCUCUUUCCAUAGAUGCUGUCUGGCCAACUGAGUGUUAUCAGCAUCUUCGGUUUUUAUUUUACAUUUCCAGCAUCUGCAGGUUUUUUAAAAAUUUUAAUUUGCUCCAUAUCACCACACUUUUAAAUGGUAAUUGUUGGGAUAAUUAGUAAUCCAAGGUGAAUCAUGUGGGUCACGCAUCACUAAUUGUAUUUAAUGAAUUGCAUUCAGUUAUUGACACAUUUAUUUAUUCUCAGGAUUCCAUUGUGCCAUCAAUGCAUAAUUAGUUAACACUUACCUUA